AUGGUUUCUCUCAGAUCCUUCCUUGUUGCGUCUAUGAGCGUGGCAGCUGCCAUUGCCACGCCAUAUGAGCUUGCUACACGUGAUACCAUAGUCACCACGAGCACGACUGGAACAGCAGGAGGAUAUUACUACUCUUGCUACAUCGAGAGCGGUAGUGGUGUUUCUAUGGACAUCGGAACCGGAACUUACAAAUUGACCUGGACUACCGCUGCUGAAGAUGUCGUAGCUGGUAUCGGAUGGUCCACUGGAGCAGUUCGCACAAUCUCAUAUACAGGCUCCCUCAGUGCUAGUGGUGACAGCUUGCUCGCACUUUACGGGUGGACUACAUCACCACUCGUAGAGUACUAUGUGAUCGAAACAUACGGCACAUACAACCCUGGAUCGGCAGGCACACUCAAAGGCACCGUGACAUCUGAUGGAAGUGUCUACGACAUCUACGAAGUUGUUCGCACCGAUGCUCCCUCCAUCCAGGGUACUGCUACCUUCAACCAAUACUUGUCAAUCCGACAAACGGAACGUACCAGUGGAACUAUCACUCUUGCAACUCACUUCAAUGCUUGGGCUGCUCUCGGCAUGGACCUCGGAACUUUCAACUACCAGAUCAUGGCUACAGAAGGCUAUGAAAGUGCUGGUUCAUCGUCGAUUACUAUCACAUAAGUAAAUAGGCAUGAACUUUGGUUCGAAGUGUUUGGAAUAUUAUGGACUAGCAGGGUGACCUGGUAUUUUGGAGGGUGAUGACAGUGCUUUCUAAAGAGACGGAAACGUGUUGGG